CUGUGAUCGAAUCACUUAUUUAUGCGGUUAUAGCUUAGCCACGAGCUCCUCAUGUUUUUAAUCAUCCAUUAAACAUAUUAUAGUAAUUUAACAUUAGUUAAUAAUUAUCAUCAUCAUCACGCAGGAAUGAGUGUGGCGAUAUUUUUGUUAUCGAUAUUUAAGUUAUUGUUAUUUGUGUAAUAUUAACAAAAGCACCUUAAAAAAUGCAUAUUUAUUAGAUAUUAAAUUUAAAAAACAUGAUGAACUAAACUUAAUACUUGACACACUAGCCAAACAUUCAACACGUCUGAAUCUUCUUAUCGCGAUCGUAAACUAUUUAACGAGCGCUUGUUCAUUGUUAAUUUCGUAAACAUUAAAAAGAUAGGCAACUACUUUUUAUGAGAAAGAAGCUAUUGAGCAUUCAGCCGUUAAAUUAAACUUGCAUUGACCACAUGCGUAUCCUUUGUAACAAACAUGUUUCCGUACUUUUGUGAUUGUAGAAUAUUACUUUUCGCCAAUUUGAUGUCAACAGCCUUAUCUAUGUCCUUAUUAAAUAAAAAUCCAUAUGCAAUGGAUAGUGAUGCAGACGGCGAGGUGGCGGAAUUUAUAAUUGCUAAAGGUUACUUGCCGAAUGAAAAAGAUUUGCCGAAAACAUCUAUACUAAAAAAUGUUGAUAGCGAUGUAACAUAUCUUCUUUCAAAACUGUCAGACGAAGAACUAAUAAAACUGCUCGCAGACCAACCCAACAAGAAAGAAUAUAAUUUAAAAGAUAUAGUCAAAAUAGCAUCAGACUCAAAAUAUGCCCAAGAUUAUAAGCCAGUAAAUACAUUACAAACGAAGUCUCCUCUUACUAGCAUCAGUGAAAUCUUAGAAACUCAUAGAAAGGAGAAGAGAUUUCGAACCAUCACAGAAAAACCCAAACCAGAGGGUGCUUUUUUUCGUUUAGAAAAUAAGGAGGUGGAUCCUUUUCCUCCUAAUCGAGGUGGAGACCCACAGUAUUUGGCUGUGCAAAAGCUGAAUAAUAUAUUGUAUAGCCGUCCAUCAGAAGUGGAAUCGGAUAGUAAGAGUGACGACGAAGACGAAAAGAAAGAGCUACUAUUUGAUGUUCUUGUUGCGCAGUUGAAAACCCUGUGUUGCAAAAGAAAUAAACCUAUAAAGAAGAAAGAUAAAAGUACAUUUAAACUAAAGGCCUUAUUAAGCGGUAUAAUGCCGCAAGAAAUUAUUCAUAAACCUUACGUACCCGAACAUAAAUACGCUCAGACCACAAUGCCAAAUGAGCAAAUGUUUUUGAUAAUAAACGAAGAAAUUAAAAGCAAUGGAAGUGAUGAUGGCCUUAUAUCAGUUGACCCAGAUAGUCUCGGGAACAACAGCAGUGUUAUGUUGCUUGGCCCUAUAGCAACACCAAUGUCAGAAGCUCAAUUAAAAAUUGUGAUGAUGCGUAUUUCAAAUGAACUCUCCAAACCAGAAUAUAUGCCACUUUUGCAACAAAUAUCAGAUGGCACACUUAGUGAUGAAAACAUAAGGCUAGUGAAUAGCUUGGUGUCUGGUCCACAAACAAGAAGAUACAUAAAACCUCAUAGAUGUAACCACCAGUCCAAACUAGCUCGAGUAUACGGUGGACCCAAGUGGAUCGUCUGCACAGGAUAUCUAAAUAUUAAUCAGCCUAGCUUGUAUGAUUAAGAUAGUGAUGCACGUUUAGUCAGCUGUAAGUGUCCAUCCGUUAAAAUGUAAAAAAUAAUUAUAUUUUUAUUAUUCAUAUUAUAAAUGGGGAAAAGAAUAAUUGAAAUGUAAUCUGAGAUGGCCUUAGUAGCUGAAUAAGUUUAAUAGGCUACUUACUGAUCUCAUCGAUUUUGAGAAAGCUACAAACUAGUAGACGUAAUGCAAUGGUUAUUUACUUGGAAUGAAAUUCGAAGUCACGUUUUGAAAAAAAAAACAGAAGGAAGUUGUUAUCUCGCCAUCUUAGUCUGGUGGAAGCAAGCCUCGCUUAACGAUAACAGCGGAAAAUUUCCACAAUAAGAAAACCACCUUGUGGGCGCUCUUAAAGUCUGGAUGACUUUCAGGUUGGAUUAUUUAUUUUAUAUAUAUUAAAAGGCUUUAUGUCGUUGUACACGAUAGUAGAUUAAAUUUAUUACGAAGAAUAGGGAGGGAAAUAGUGCAAUGUAAUUUUAAAUACAAGUGUCCAUAAUUUGUUAGU